AUGCAAGAACUUAAUAAAUUGCUAUCGGAAAAAGAUGAAGUUAUACGAUUGAAUUGUUGUGAAAUUCAAGAUCUCAAAAAUGAAUUAAAUAUAAAAAAUAAACAAUGUAAAGAUUUUUUACAACAGUUAAAAAGUGCAGCGAAAAAAACGAAUGAACAAAUUUAUUGUGGAGAACAAGAUAAAAUGACCGUUAAUGAUGAUGCUGCUGCUGCUGCUAUGUUGAAAGAAUCACUUCAAAAUUUAUUAAUGGGUUUUGAAAAACAAAAAACUUCUUUCACGCAACAACUUCGCGAGAAUGAAUGUCAACUUCAAAUAAUGACGUCGGAAAGGAAAAAAUUAAUCAUCGAAAGAAACGAAUUGAGUAGUAAAUUACAAUGCGCGACACUCGAAAACGAAAGGUUGAUGAAAGAAAUGGCUCAGAAAAAAUUUAGAAACGUCGAAACCGAAGAAUUGUUAAAAACGAUCGAGUUAUUGAAAUCCGAAAAAAAUGAUUUAUUGUUGAAAAUAAAUUGUUUGCACGAAAAUAUACAAGACCUCAAUCACAGUUUUAAAGAAACGCGAUGGGCAUUGACUUCGGAGGUUGCCGAAAAACACGAUCAGAUACUAGAGUUGAAAAAAUGCAAAGAAGUUUUGGAAGAACAAUUGCGACAAGCCGACAAGCAAACGCAUUUCAAAGACGACAUCAUAAAAGAGCUGAGAAAAGAAGUGAAAAGUUCUAGAAAGUCGAUGUCAAACGCAGACAAUACGUCGAAAAUUUCAUCUCGCGAACAUUCACCUCCCACGCAAUUGGUAAAUUUAAAAUCAUUAAAUGCCCCUAAUAGUGAAAAUAAAAUUGUCGAUGAUGAAUUGAAGUUAGACAUACAUAUAUUUUCUAUGAUAUCCGACAAGGAAAAAAAUAACUUGGGCCUAAAAGAAUCGAAUCCAAAUCGGUGUUCGGUCGAAAUACAAACGGAGUCUCCGAAUUCUUCUUUGAAAAUGAGAAACGUUUCCACUCAACAUCGAACGCCUCCCUUACAAAAAUUACCACGGUCUUUCGGUACCCUAACCGUGACACCUUGGAGUGGUGCAACUUCAGACGCGGUCGUAAAAGAAAAUAAAAAAGAAUCGGAUAUUCGUGGAAAAGAAAAGAAAAAAAAUCUCAAAGGAGUUUACACUCUUCCUUUUAGUAAUAUUUAA